AUGGCCUGCCAUUUCCACCCUGCCGCAGUUCACCGUCGACUUCAGCGGCGUUGCUGUCCUGUGAUUUGCUGUGCAGCCGCGACAAGCGCGCCGUUUGCCGCUGAGAACCCUUGGAACGUGCAUUCCUUUCCGCGCAAAGGGACGCCCUCGACGCCCGUAUCACGCUUUAUCCGAGGCCGCCGCUACCCAUCGAUACCGCGCAUACGUUCAUUACACACUACACACGCGCUCGCAUCUGCACCGACACCGCCAUCAGCGCCAGAUAGCACACCACUUGGCGGCAAUGGCGUCGACAAGGCCGACCGCGAGAAGGCGGCAGCCGCCGAGGAACACCAGACCGAAGCCGAGAUAGCAAACGACGACCCGGAACUUCUGGCGCAAAAAGUCCAGCGGUCACGCGAGACCACGAGGCGAUACUUGGCGGUCCAGCGCCGUCAGCAGCGCGGGAGGAAGACGCAGGGGCUGCCUCCCGUGAACGUGCCGGACUGGUUCCUCAAGAGACGUGUGCUACGUCGCGAAGACGUUCCCAAGGAGCUGCAGCAGUACAUGGCGCCGAAAGCGCUUUCCGUGUCUAUUACCCAUACAGAGGCGGGAGAGAGCGCGACCUGCUCAAUACCGGCUUCCAAGGACCUGGAUGCUGUCAAGGUGUUGGCGCGGCUGGUGCGCGGCUUAUGGGGGCGGCGUCUGGACGACCAGGAAAAGCGCAAGAUCGAACAGUACCUGGACGAGAGAAUUGCAUCCGAAACCGAGGCGACUCCUGACGCCGGGUCGUUGGGCCCCAUCGACAACAAGGCACAUUCCAUGGGCGAGGAGGAGCUUCGAAUUAGGUUGGAGCUGCGCGAGCAGCUUUUCACUGCACAGCAAGAGCUUGUUUCUGAUCCCAGCAAACCGCUCGCCGAACGAGUGAACGAGCUGAACAGCAAAACCCAGCGAUACAUGAUGAAGAGAGAACACGCCAAGUCGAGAUCGUCACGAGGCUCGAAACGUCUCUCGCCCGUCGUACUCGCCGAAGUCCGUGCCAACAUCGCAGCAGCCCUUUCUUCAUUGCGUCCAUCGAUUGGUAACACCUUUCCUGCUGCCAAAACAAACCUGAUCCUACACUCGCCCGUGCCCGACCACGAACUCCUGAUAGACAGAGCUGUGGAGGCGAUAGCGUUGGAAUUGGACUCUGAACUUGUAGUGCUGCGUGCCAACGACCUUGCACAGCUAGCAGGCGAUUACCUCGGCGAAGGCGCCGAGCCAUCACCGCGGUCGAUACGAUCGCUCGGCUACGAAACCUAUCGCCUGAGUUCCGAGCUCGCCAAUGCUUUUGAGAAUUUGGAGAAGGAAGAUGGGGCUGAAGAAGACCUGGAAUCCCAACAGUCGCCAUCAAAUGACCCCUCGGAUAAAUCGAAGAUCGGCGCAUUUCCUUUGAUCUUGCCAUUGUCGGCGCUAGCUUCCAUCAAGGAGCUCUCGAACAAGUUCAAAGCUGGACAGCCACUCUCAUCCAAUCCAUUCGAGACGUCAGUCAACACACUCGGUGAAGAGCCGAACCGCGUGCAAAGCCAGAGCGAGAUUCAGCUGGAGGAUCUGAAGCUCGCAACACUUCUUGAGGCUUUGAUCGAUGCGAGUGAGCUGAAGCAGAGCCGCAAUAUCGUUGGUCACGAGGGGCUCGAGUUGCGAACGUCGCCAGAAGCAGGCUCCAAGAAGCGAAGAGGAAGCGAUCCCGCCUUUUUCGACUACUCUGUAAGCUCAGCGGGGGUGCCGCUUGAACUCAACUCUGCCCUCCCAGCAGCCGCAAGACCUGACAUGACUAUGGCUGUGAACGUUGGGUCUGUCCCGUCCGUGACUCAGGUGCCAAAGAGAUCGAAGAUCAUCUACGUCCGGGACUUCAAGGAGCUUAAUGCCACACAUUACGGCGGUCGCAUCAUCCAAAAGCUCGAAGAAGUGAUUCGGAAGAGACGAAGCGCCGGUGAAAGCGUUGUCAUGGUCGGCAGCACUUGCUCGCUCGAGCUUACGCCUGACCUUUCGGCAGGUGGCGUCCACGGUCUGCAGUCAGAAGGCGAGAGCAGCUUCUAUAGGACUAUCGUCGUAGCAGCGGAUUCAGACAAGACGUCACUCCUGGAAGAGUCAAAUGCUAUGGCUAAGGGUGAAGUUGGGUCAGCAAUCCUGUCGCCAAAGGAACGAGGCAAGUUUUGCGGCAUCAACAUGCUUCACACUCAGGACAUGCUACGUUCGCUGGAUCCUGUGGCAGCUGCGCGCAUCUCGGAUAUGGAACUUACGAUUCAACAUCACCGGAACUUUGCUGCCAUAAUACCAGAGGCUUAUCUCAGCCGUGUGUUAACGUAUGAUGAAGUACACAGGAUAGCUCUUACAGCUCUCGGGUUACACAUUACAAAUCCCACUGGAACAACACAAGAAGAAAUCGAACGAGGCCAAGUGAAUUGGGCACAUGUCGCAUUGGCUAUGGGGCUGCUGAGGACUAGUGACACGGUCAAAUUCCUGUCCUUCGACAAGACACUGCAAAAGCAACAGCCCCGACAAGACCUGGGUCCUGAAGCCGAGGCUCAAGUCAAGGCGAAGAAGAGGCACAGCGAGGUUGAUCUGCAGCGUCAGCGCGAGCUACAACGCAUCACUGCGAGCGCCACCAAGCACGAAAAGCGACUGAUAUCUGGUAUCGCAAACCCGGACCAGAUCAAGACGACGUUCGACCAGGUCCAUGUGCCAAAGGAGACCGUCGACUCGAUCCGCACAAUCACAUCUCUUUCGCUCCUUCGCCCCGACGCCUUCAACUAUGGUAUCCUAGCCACUGAGAAGAUAUCCGGUGCGCUUCUUUACGGACCCCCCGGCACAGGAAAGACACUCCUCGCCAAAGCAGUAGCCAAAGAGUCCGGCAGCACCGUUCUCGAAGUCUCCGGCUCCCAAAUCAUGGACAAGUACGUCGGCGAGGGCGAAAAGAACGUCGCCGCCAUCUUCUCCCUGGCGCGAAAACUCUCUCCUUGUAUCGUCUUCCUCGACGAAGCGGAUGCCGUCUUCGCCUCGCGCGACGCCAUGCGUGAGCGCACCAGCCACCGCGACAUCCUCAACCAGUUCCUCAAGGAAUGGGACGGCCUCAACGACCUCAGCGUCUUCGUCAUGGUGGCCACAAACCGGCCCUUUGAUCUCGACGACGCGGUCAUCCGCCGCCUCCCGCGCCGCCUGCUCGUCGAUCUGCCCACCCAGGCCGACCGCAAGGAGAUCCUGCGCAUCCACCUCAAGGGCGAGCAACUCGACCCGGCCGUCGACCUCGAGGACCUUGCCAAACGCACGCCGUUCUACAGCGGCAGCGACCUGAAGAACGUCGCCGUCUCGGCCGCGCUCGCGUGCGUCAAGGAGGAGAACGAAGUCGCCGCGAAGGCCGCCGCCGACCCGUCCAAAGCGGACGCCGCGCCCGCAUCCGACGCCGACGCGCCCGCGUUCGCCCACCACACAGACCCCCCAGCACCCUCCGACACCACACCCCCCUCCAGCUCCGCCAUCCUCCUCCCAAACACCGCAUACACCUUCCCCCCCGUCCGCACCCUCCUGCCGCGCCACUUCGACGCCGCGCUGCAGGACAUCAGCGCCAGUAUUAGCGAGGACAUGAGCAGUCUCUCCGCGAUCAAGAAGUUCGACGAGCAGUUUGGCGAUAAGAAGGGGAAGCGGGGGCGGGGCGGGUUUGGGUUCGGCGAGAAGGUCGAGAAGGGGGAUGGGGCGAGGGUUAGGCGGUAG